UGAAUUAACUGCAAUUGCCAGGAUUAUUUGAUUGUUCGGCUGAACCUCAAUUUAUUCGAAAGGAAAUUGCCAAAUGCAUCAAUAUGGCAAAGGGUGGUAUCCAUGCUAUUCUUCUAGUGGCAUCAAUUAGAACUCGCAUUUCGAGAGAAGAAGAAGAAGCUGGUGUUUCGAUGUUACAGGCAUUUUUUGGCCCUAAAAUUAUUGAUUAUAUGAUUGUAGUUUUCACCGGUGGUGAUGAUCUUGAAGAUGACGAGACUCUUGACGAUUACUUGGGCCGCAAUUGCGAUCAACACUAUAAGGAAACUCUGAGAAUGUGUGGGAACCGACAUGUUCUCUUUAAUAACAAAACAAAAGAUGAAGUCCAGAAAUCUUAACAAGGAAAGCAACUUCUUGACUUAGUAAAUGAGGUUGUAGAUAAAAAUGGUGGCAAACCGUAUAUAGAUGAACAAUUUGUUGACAUGAAGGUAAGCGCAAUUUAUUUUCUUUAUUUUGCAGAAAUUUGUUACGAUGUAAGUUAAUCAUCAAUUGUAGGGAGG